GCCUCAACCACCAGUCCUCACGAAUCUCCAGUCCGAGGUUACGCGACAACCACACACACCACUCGGCCCCCGACCGCGAUUCUAUCAAGUCCUCGGCCACAAUCAUGAAUGUGCUUGUGCUCCUGAGGUAGCCCGUCAUCCCGCCGCUUCAGCAACAGCCAUGCAACAACAGUUGUCGCAUGUCUAGCGCAGUCGUCACGAUCAACGAGAACCCCGUCGCAAGAGGAGCCCUGCCACGAUCACGCACAACAUCCUGCCGACACAGCUCCUCUAGAAUCUAGCGUCGCUCCUUGAGCCUCGGGUCGCCAAUACCGACAUCAUGGCAACCAUGACAGAAGUCAAAGGUCCAUCGGCCGUCGCGCCGAUCAAGCACCAAGUCUCCGACAAGCUUCCCAAGCGCUUCAAGGCGAUCAAGUUUGGCAUUCAGUCCAACCAGGAUGUAGUCAACCAGGGUGUCAUCGAGGUCUCGGAUCGGAGCAUGUACGACAUUGAGCGCGGCCGCGAACCGACCCAGAAUGGUGUUCUUGACAAACGCCUGGGUAUCUCGGGCAAGACGGCACACUGCCUGACCUGCGGGCUUCGUCUCCAGGACUGCACGGGGCAUUUCGGUCACAUUCGCCUGCCUCUUCCGGCCUUCCACAUCGGCUACAUCAAGUUCACCAUCUCGAUUCUGCAAGAGAUCUGCAAAGACUGCUCCCGAGUAUUGCUCGUCGAGUCGGAUCGCCGCAUGUACCUCAGAGAGCUUCGGCGGCCAUACAUUGACAAUAUGAAGCGCACCGCCAUCUGCAAAAAGAUCAAUGAACAGUGCAGAAAGGCCAAGACAUGUCCGUACUGUGGUGCCAUCAACGGUCAGAUUCGCAAAGUCGGAGCACUCAAAAUCGUCCACGACAAGUUUGUCGCCUUCAACAAGUCUACUUCGCAAAAGAAGGUCACACCCGACAGCAAGAUUGAGUUUGACAACUCGUUCAACACCGCUCGCAAGACCAUCGGCGAUCUCGAGAAACACUUGCGGAAAGCAUUCGAGGAUCUCAACCCUCUCAGAGUGCUCAAUCUUUUCAAGCAGAUCAGCCCAACGGACUGCGAACUACUCGGGCUGAAUCCUACCGAGGGGCGACCGGAGAUGUUCCUGUGGCAAUACCUUCCCGCGCCGCCAGUAUGCAUUCGUCCUUCAGUCGCGCAGGAAGGUGCAAGCAAUGAGGAUGACCUGACCACUCGUUUAAGUGAUAUUGUCUUCGCUUGUGGCCUGAUUCGUGCCGCGCUGCAGAAGGGCCAGCAGCUUGCUACAAUCAUGGAGCAAUGGGAGUACCUGCAACUUCAAAUUGCCGUUUACGUCAACAGUGAUGUACCCGGUCUUCAGAAUGCUGGUGUUUCGAAAGCCAUGAGGGGCUUCUGCCAGCGCCUUAAAGGCAAACAAGGCCGUUUCCGUGGAAAUCUCUCUGGAAAGCGUGUCGACUUUUCUGGACGAACCGUCAUCUCGCCAGACCCAAAUCUAGGUAUCGACCAAGUCGCUGUGCCGGAACUAGUCGCGAAGAAUCUGACCUAUCCCGAGAGAGUCCACCGAGACAAUAUCGCCAAGCUUCGAGAAUGCAUUCGCAGAGGUCCUAAUGUGCACCCUGGUGCUCAAGCUGUUCUCAAAGACGAUGGAGAUGACCAUCCUCCCUUCAGAAUCUCGCUCAAGUUUGGUGACCGAGAAGCUGCAGCAAAUGAGCUGCGCUACGGCGAUGUGGUAGAGCGCCACCUGGAAGAUGGUGAUAUUGUUCUCUUUAACCGUCAACCGUCGCUUCACAAGCUGAGUAUCAUGAGUCACAAGGCCAAGAUCCGGCCAUGGAGGACGUUCCGCCUGAACGAAUGUGUCUGCGGUCCCUACAACGCCGAUUUCGACGGUGACGAGAUGAAUCUUCACGUCCCCCAAACAGAAGAGGCCAGAGCUGAGGCCAUCAACCUCAUGGGCGU